AUGAUCGCCAACCCCAACUCAAACCUGCCAAAGCGUCUGCAGUGGUAUUUAGUGCUAGCAGCGCUGACAUGCGUCAGUGCUAGUCCAAGUACUGUCGAGCCAAAGACCAUUUUUGCUGGUUCUGCUUCUCUUAAGCAACAACUUGGUGUCGUCGGCCAAAGCGAUGCGCGAGUAAAGCGGUAUUUGAGAAGAAACUCGGAUGCGACGGAGAGCAUGGACGACGAGAACGAAGACAGAGGUGGCAACUUAGGCCCCGCCAUAGACCAAGGUUUAGCAGGCGCCAUCGACUCGGUCGAGGGUGGUGUCACCUCUGGAGUAAUCGCAGCCAUAGACCAAGGGUUAGCAGCAAAGGUCGGCGAAGCUGGAAAGUCUGAUGUCAUUCCUGGAAAUUCCGGCAAAAACGUCCAUCUAGUAGCAAAGGAUGGUGAGUUGGUCAAGGAGACGGUUGGCUCAAGUAUCCAAGACGACAUAAAUCAAAAAUUCAAGAGCGUUAUGGGUGACAAGCUCGAACUCUACGAAAAGGAGGUAAAAAAAGAGGAAAAUGUUGAAAGAAAAAACAUGUUCAAGAGUGAGGAAUUUACGGAGUGGAACAACUAUGUGGACGCUAGAUUUCCUAAAGAACCCGCAGCAGCAGCACAAGCUAAGGCUGAAUCGCUUCUAACUAUAUGCGAGAGUAACGAUUUGAUCAAAAUGCUAGCGACCGGAAGAACGGACAAGAAUACGCGAGCAAUCGCCAGCAAUUUGGAAAUGGGUCUGCUGAGAAAGUGGGCUCUAGCAGGUGGUAAUGAGGACAACAUCAUGGAACUGCUAACUUUUGGCAAAAGUAAGAAAGAAGUAUGGGCGAGUGACACUAUGAGAGUAUGGUUCGAUUUUAUGAUACAUCAGAAAAGAAAUCCAUACGAGCUGUUUGUCACGCAUUUUACGGAGCGCUCCAGGAACAAAGAGCUAGUAGAAUUGAUUGAUGCGACGGAAGACGACACUUGGGCCAGGACAGUAGCACCUAUAUUUGCGGAGCAUCUGCUGCAGACCUGGGAGGACAGCGAUAUAAGUGUGGUUCGCAGCUAUGAGCUCCUUGGACUCAACAAAGAAAAUCCAGAUAAGCUUUUGAAAAGUCCGAUGCUGAGUUGGUGGGUCAAUUACGUUGAAUUGCUGGGAUCGGAUCCAUAUCAAGUGUUACUUUUGACGAUGAGGAAGCACAUGAGUGACAAAAAUAUAAAUUCGAUUCUUGCUGCGGCAAAAGCUGAUGGCACGAAUGAGAGCAUUUGGCGGAUCCUGCUGCAUCUGCAAGAGAAGCGUCAGCGUCUAAAGCGGGAGCAUCCUCAGGCGGAGAGGUGGCAGAUGGAUGGGAAAUGGGUUGUCGAUGUUUUUAAUGAUCUGAAGCUCCAAGAUAAAGGCCAAGAGAUGCUUGGAACCAAAAAAUGGAACGCGUGGGUGUCUUAUGUAACCUUCUUGGAGGAGCAAAAACAAGUAAAAGAUCAAAGAGAAACUGCAAUGGUUAUAUACUCAGUGCUAAAGAGUAAACUUAGUAGCCAAGACCUGACCAAGUUGGUCGCUACAGCCAAAACUGUCGAGGAGACGCAAGAAAUUGCCAAAAAAUGGGAGUGGCGAAUCGCACAGCGAACUUCGGACGACGUUUUCGAUCUUCUGAAACUAAAGGAGAAAGGGGAUGCGGUAUUUGAAACUCCGGAAUUCAAGUCCUGGAUGUUUUACGUCAAAGAGUUGAACAGUGCUAAAAAGCACAAAGACGACGUUGAGCUUGCUUAUCGGCUGUACGGACACUACGGUCCCGAUGUGGAAAGAAUGCUCAAGAAAUCCGAAAAGACAGCCAGUGCGAAAAACGACGAAGAUACGAAAUCGAUCGUCAGGAUGUUACUCAAAGUGUUUGAGAAAAAGAAGUCACUCGAGAAGACGUCACCUGUGGAGAUGGAGCUUGAGAAGACGUCGCCCGUGGAAAUGGACAUUGAGAAGACGUCACCGGCUGAGAUGGAGCUCGAGGAGACGUCACACGAGAAGAAGCGGCUCGGUAAGAGGCCGCGUACGAGCUCGCUUGCUGUGGCCACCGAAUCCCUAAAACGAAUGAAAUUGCUGGACGAAUCCGAGCCACCGAUGGGAAUUUGA